AUGAGUGGUGGUCCAAGAAAAUUCUCAGAAAAAAUCGCCUUGAUCCAACAGAAACAGGCUGAGGGUGAUGCAGCUUUCAACACAAUCAUAAACGAAGUUGAAGCAGCCAAACAAAGAGCUGAUCGAAUCGUAGCUACAAAAGCCAAAUUGGACAUGUCAUCCGGAAAAUAUGAACCAUCUUUCGAAAAUUAUCAGGGAUCAAAUGGAAUGAACAACUCAGAUAAUAAUGGCAUACAUAGCUAUACUCUUCAACAAAUUAAAAUGGAAAAUAUUAAUGAGUCGGAACGCCUUUUACAACUCCCUGACAAUGCAUCAUGGCGCCGUACUCAUUCUGAUUCCUCUCUUCACCACUCGAUGGUGCCGAGCUUUCCGGCACGGUACCAUUCGUGCAAUGAAAACGACAACAACGGGCAAGUCUCCAAUUACCACAUGAACGAUACUAAAUUUGAACCAUCACUUUAUUCUCCUCCUCAUCACUCUAAUCAUCUACAAGUGUCAAAUUCUCCUUUCUCACAACCACAGCAACAGCUACAAGGACAACAGCAACAACAUCCUCAAUUUGAUUUCAAUCAGAAUUACAUAAAUGGUCGUACCACUGCUACGUAUCCUUUACCACAAUUACCAACACCCAUUGGACCAACAAUAUCAUUGCCAACUCAACCCGUCACAUCGACGUCACUAAGUCAAACACAUGUGCUUUUAGGACCACGACAUAGCGGUGGUUCCACAGGUUCAAAUGUUCUAAUGUUACCCCCUGCUCAUCAUCCUCGCGGUGGCUCAUUACCAGAUUUACGCACAGAAAAUACGUUUCAGCAUCAUCCACUAUCCUUUUCGACAACACCUUCGCCACCUUCAUCUAUUACGCCGAAUUUUUUUCGUUCAUCAUCACCACAACAGAAUGGCGAUAAUGACCUAUAUGCUAUGAAUCUUCAACAUCAGUUUCCGUCAAGAGUUGGACCAUUGAAACAAGGUCCGAGCAGCCGACAACGUCAUAGUCCAAUCGGUGAGGUUAAACAGACUUCACCACGUCGACAGAAUUCGCCAUCACCUGAUGUUUCACCAAAUCAACAGACUGUUUAUCGAGUAGAACCCUCAAGCCCUCAGUCUCAAUCAAGUUAUUCCCCUCAAAAUUCGCCCCAUCUAUUACCAAGUCCAUGCGCUGAUCUCGGACCCUUUUCACCUCAGUCUUCAGAUAAUCCUCUUAAUAAUCAACAGCAACCAAUUUUUUCAUUGCCUGCAUAUUUCGAUCAGAUUACAUCAGAUAACAAUUUCUAUACUCAACAACAGCAGCAACAAUCACAACCCUCAUCAUCACCAUCAUCACCUGCACCAGCUAUGACACGAUUGGCCAACGAUAUGAGUGGAAUGCAAUUGAAUCACUAUCGUCCACAAAAUCUAUAUCAUCCUUUCGGCGAUGAUAGCUCAUCGAGCUAUUGUCAGACGCAAACAACUGUUACAGUAACUUCGAAUGUCGGUCAGAAGAGUCCGACUAUUCCGAAUAUAAUUCUAACUGAUGUUGACAGUUCAAAAUUGGAUUUAUCGAAAGAAUUAGCCAAUGAUUUCUCAAAUGAAUUCGAUGGUCUGAUUGAUUCACAUGAUUUGCGAUUGAAUGCAGAAGAUUUCUUGUCCAACGCAGGAGAUCUUUCGAUCGAUCUCAAUCUUUGUGAUGGAACAUAUCGUAUGGAAAAUUGA